AUGGCGCCAGACGACGGCACCGAAUGGCUGCUACAGCUGCUGAGCGAAAUUCAACUGGAGCAGUUUUACACCCGGAUCCGAGAUGAGCUUCACGUCACCCGUCCCAGCCACUUCGACUACGUCAAGCCCCUCGACCUGGACCGCAUCGGCCUGGGGCGCCCAGGUCAGCGGCGGCUGGAAGAGGCCUUGAAACGGCGGAAGGGUCAAAGCCAGCGUCCCAAGUCCUGGGUCUAUAAGAUGUUCACAGGGGGACGAAUCCCAGAAAACGAAGAGACCCCCAGCCCACAGCCCCCGGCUCCUCCACGCCUGGACACUGACGCCUCCCUCAAGUGCCUGAUUGGCGAGUGGGACCUCCACAUCUGCGAGCGGCUGGGCGAUGGGUGCUUCGGCGUGGUGCACCGCGCCGAGUGGCACGCGCCAGGGGGCGCCUUGAUCCCGGUGGCCGUGAAGACGCUGCGGUCGGACGUCUCCUCCGAUCCGGGGGCCCUGAUCGACUUCCUCAAUGAGGUCAACGCCAUGUGCUGCCUGGAUCACCCCCACCUCCUCCGCCUCCACGGGGUGGUGCUCACCCAGCCCCUCAAGAUGGUAACGGAGUUGGCCACGCUGGGCUCCCUCUACGACCGGCUCCAGCCGCCCUUCCCUCUGCACCAGCUCUGGAGCUACGCCGCCCAGGUGGCCGGGGCCAUGGCUUACCUGGAGUCCAAGCUCUUCGUCCACCGGGAUCUGGCCGCCCGGAACAUCCUGCUGGUCUCCGAGGACCACGCCAAAAUCGGCGACUUCGGCCUCAUGCGCCCGCUGUCCAGUAAGAGUGACCGCUACGUCAUGUCCGCCCACCGGCGCAUCCCGUUCGCCUGGUGCGCCCCCGAAAGUCUGCGCCUGGGGGUCUUCACCAGCGCCUCGGACGUCUGGAUGUUCGGGGUGACCCUCUGGGAGAUGUUCUCCUACUGCGAGGAGCCCUGGGUGGGCUUGACCGGCAGGCAGAUCAUGAUCAAGAUCGACCGGGAAGGAGGCCGCUUGGAAAGGACGGAAGAUUGUCCCAGGGCCAUCUACGCCCUGGCGCUCAAGUGCUGGGCCCACAAUCCGGAAGACCGGCCCAAAUUCCGGGAAAUGGUCCACCUGUUGCAGGAGCUGCGUCCCAAAGAGAUGAAGGCGAUUCGUGCUUUCGGUGAGCCCGGUUGGUUAAGGCUGGAAGCAAACGAUCCGGUCACCAUCAUCGAAGGCGGCCCCGAAUCGUCCACCUGGCGAGGGCAGAACAAGCGGACCCUCAAAGUCGGCAUCUUCCCGUCUUCCGUCGUGGCGGCAGCCGAGGAUGCAGCGCCCCCUGUUGGAGCUACGCGGAUCAGCCACCCCAUCCGAAGCUCCUUCCUUCACCUGAGUCACGGGGACAUCGACCCUGAGCGAGGAUGGGGGUCUCCGGACCAGGAGGAGAAGAAACCAAAACUGCGCGGGGGGAAUCCCGGCCCCCAGAACCCCGGCGGCAAGAGCAAGCAGCUGCUGCAACUGGCCCGCCUCUCCAAAAGCCUGGAAUCCAUUUCCGAGUGGUCCAUCCUGCGCCCCAAGCCGAAAUUCUCGCCCUUCCGGACGGAGGGUCCCAGCCAGCCCCCCCAGCGGCGGUUCAGCGACCUGCCCACCCCGCUCCCGUCGUCCCCUCCCCAGCCGGAGUACCGCAGCCCCAAGGCUGCUGCCCGCAUCCCGAACCCGGCCCUGCCUUCCUGGGCGCUGCCCAAGGCGGAGGCUGCGGGGGGCAAGGAGAAGGAGCAGCGGGGGUCCCGCCCGGCCCCCAAAGGCGCUGGGGGGCCACCCCUUCCCGGCGCACCGAGGCUGACCAUGGGGGAGAUCGAGAAGAAGAUCAAGGAGGUGGAAGAGCGGGUGCACGGGGUGACCACCGAGGAGUGCCUGGAGGCCCUGCGGAUGAACAGCUGGGAGGUGCCCAAGACGGUCCAGCUGCUGAAGGUCCACCAGCUCUUCAACCUCAGCUCCCUCUCGUGGGACGAAUGCCGUCGGAUCCUGGAGAAGCACCGCUGGAAUUUGGCCAUGGCCUCCCGUUACGUGCUCAGCCGGGGGCUCCGGACCUGA